AGUUUUCAGGGUGCGGCAGCGAUGGUCGGAGUCGCACGGGGAGAAGGGCGGUAGGGUGCCUCUCGACGAAGGAGCAGCGAGGGACACUGGCAAGGGAAGUUUUAUCUGAUAAGGCCGAGAUGAUCGAGGAUCUCGAUGGUUCUUGCUGAUAAUCAAACCCCAAAACGGCGGAUUGGGAAUGGCUGGAUGUGGCUACGCACCCUCUUGGCUGAUGCAGAAGUCUGUGCGCGCUCUUCUCCGCCCACUCACCUCCGCUGGAUUGCUCGACUUCGCGAUGGAGGCAGUACACGUCCUGGUCAGCAGGGUGCAAGUGCAAAAUCGGCCUGCGCUGGGAGGAAUACCAGCGCGUCUUUAAGCGAGAUGCCCAGCAAUUUGAGUGUGCCAAGCACAGGCAUGACGUUCUCGCAAGGCCGCGAUCCAUCGGAUGCUAUCAUAUCAGAUAAGAUAUUUUGCCGUCGGCCCUGAUUGCGAAAAUUAUCAGAUAGUCCGCAUUCUGCCCCGACCAUUCAUAUACUCCAUCCACCAUGCCAGGGCACUCCGGCCUUGCCCUGUCGCGUUCAGCCCUCCCGUGUCGCGUCCCACGCACCACUCACCGCCCGACGUCCUACAUCGUGCCGUAACACACCAUGGGCAAGAGCGUCUUCUCCGU